GUAAGAUCUGAAACUAAGGAAUUAUGUAUUGGUGAAGAUCGAGAAAAGUGGUAUCAACAUGCUUGUCAAGAAUUACACAUGAAUAUGGAGAACUUACAAGCACGAGGAUCAGGUUGGACAAUAUCAGGGAUAAAUUAUCUCCAAAUGGAUCAAACUAUUUGUAAUUCACCUAGUGGAUCUGCCUACAUAGAACUACCUGAUUGGAUGAAAAAUAAGAAAGCAGUGAUAAAUAUCAAGAAUAAUGACAAUAAGUGUUUUAUGUGGUCUGUGUUGGCUCAUUUGCAUCCUGCUGAUCAAAAUGCAGAAAGAGUUACUAAGUAUAGUGAUUAUGUGAAUGAACUAAAUUUUGGAGAUCUAACUUUUCCAAUGAAAAUUAAAGACAUAGAUAAGUUCGAAAAAAUGAAUGACCUUGCAGUCAAUAUUUUUGAAUGUACUGAAAAAUUCAAUAAAAAUUGUAAGAAAAUCAAUAGACUUAGACCUUCAAGAAGAAUGACUACUGAUAAUAGUAGAGUAGUAAAUCUAUUCUAUCAUGAAAACGAUCAAGGAAACUCCCAUUAGUCUCUCAUAAAAAACUUGGAUAAGGUACUCAAUAAACGAGGUGUGCAUCAGAAAACAUUCUGUGUUAGAUGUCAUUGUUAUUAUAAUGUAAAUAUGAACGAUAAAUGUAGAUCAAGCUAUCACAGACACUUAGAGGAUUGUGGUAAAAACAAACCAAUAGAACACCUUUUAUCCAAGAAAGAAUCCAUCAAAUUCAAAAACAUUAGUAAAACCCAGAAACAUAGAUACAUUAUUUAUGCUGACUUUGAGAGUAUUAUUUGGAAGUUCUCUAAUGCUCACUAUAAACCUAAUGAAUCAUGGACUAUGGAUGUUGGAGAACAUGUAGCAUCAAGAUUUUGUGUUGUUGUUGUGGAUUCCUUCACCAAAAAAAUACAUAAUAUGAAGUCAUAUAUAGGAUAUAAUGCAACUUUAGAAUUCAAUAAAUAUAUCAUCAAAAUUUCUCAAGAAAUCAUGAGUCUUCCUUCUGUGAGAAUGAAGAAGUUGACUCAAGAUGAAUGGACUGAAUUCAAUAAAAAUCAAGAGUGCCCUCAUUGUCAAGUACAAUAUAACACAGAAGAUAUGAAAACUACUAAAGUUAGAGAUCAUGAUCAUUGGACUGGAGAAUAUCGUGGACCUUUUUGUGGAUCUUGCAAUAUACUGAGAAGAAAGAAUAAUUUCAUUCCAGUAUUCUUCCACAACCUUAAAGGUUAUGAUUCUCAUCUCAUUGUUGGCUGUCUUGAAAGUACUAAGUAUUUGAAUGAGCAUGAAAUAGAAAUAGAAAAAAUUUCUAGCAAUACUGAGAAGUUUAUCAGUUUCAGCUACAAGUUACCUUCACAAACAGAUAAUGUAUAUUAUUCUUUCUCUUUCAUGCCUUCUGCAUUAGAUAAAUUAGCAGAAAAUUUGAGUGAUUAAAACCUACGCCUUUGUAAAAAUUAUUAUAGCCCCCAUCAAUUCCAAUUGAUGAGAAAGAAAGGUGUUUAUCCAUAUGAAUACAUGGAUUCAUUCAAAAGAUUUGAUAAAACAAAACUCCCAAAUAGAGACAAAUUUUAUGACAAGCUCAAUAAUAAAAAAUGUAAAAGAAAGGGUAUCGGUAUGCAGUGAAAGUUUGGAAAAAAAUGAAGUGUACUAGUUUGGAAGAUUACACUAGAAUUUAUAUGAUCAAUGAUGUCCUACUUUUAGCAGAUGUAUUUGAAAACUUCAGAGCUUUGAGUCUAAGGGUUUAUCAACUUGAUCCUUGUUGGUACUUUACUUCUCCAGGAUUAGCUUGGGAUGCUAUGCUUAAGAAAACUAAAGUAGAAUUAGACAAACUUCAUGAUGUUGAGAUGUAUCUCAUGAUUGAAAAAGGAAUUAGAGGUGGAAUAGUUAAUGCUGUCAAAAGAUAUUCUAAAGUUAACAACAAAUACACUAAAAACUUCAAUGAAAAACAAUUAACAAAUUUCCUUUUGUAUCUAGAUGCUAACAAUUUGUAUGGAUGGGCAAUGUGUCAAAUGUUACCUACUGGAGACUUCAAAUUUGAAACUCAAUCUUUAAUAAGUAUUCUCAAUGGUGAAGCUGAAGUCAAAUCGGAUCUAAAGGAUUAUAUUAAUUAUUUGAAGAAGUUAGAUAGAGGUUGCAUAUUUGAAGUAGAUUUAGAAUAUCCCAAAGAAAUACACUCAAGGCAUAAUGAUUCUCCUUUGUGUCCAGAGAAUGUAAAAAUUGAUAAUCACGUUAUUAAAAAGUUGUGCAAUACCUUAUUUGAUAGAGAGAAGUAUGUGAUCCAUUAUGAAAAUCUUUUACAGUGUCUUCAAUUAGGACUUAAGCUGAAGAAAAUUCAUAGGAUCAUUACUUUCAAGGAAAGCAAUUGGUUAGCCUCAUAUAUUGAAAUGAACACAAAUCCCAGGAAAAAUGCUAAAAAUGAUUUUGAGAAAGACUUUUACAAAUUAAUGAAUAAUAGUGUAUUUGGAAAAACUAUGGAAAAUGUCAGAGAAAGAGUUGAUGUCCGUUUAGUUACUGAUGAAGAUAAAAUCAAAAAAUUAGCAAGUAAACCUAACUUUAAAAGAAGAAUAAUAAACACCUGGUAGCUGUAGAAAUGGAGAAAACUAACAUUGUUCUGGAUAAACCCAUUUAUGUUGGAUUUGCUAUCAC